AUGAAUAUCCGCCAGAAUCUCUUUGGCCAAGGGCCUAAAGCAGGACGAGAGCAACAAGGUGGAUACGGUCGUCCGCCAGCACCUCCACCCCGAGACGAUACACCUAUGGCAGGUUAUGAGGACCCAAGGGGAGGAUAUCGUGAUCCGCGAGGGAGCUAUGGCGCUCCUAUGCCAUCACAAAGACAAGCUAUGCCGCAACGCCCGGCUGUUGGACGAAUGGGGGGACCAGCUUCUCCAGCUCGACGAGUGCAGUUGAGAAUUGCUAAAGUUGAAGACAAGACGCUCGCAAAUCAAUAUAUUUUUGGGAAUCUCUGCGCUGUCUCACCCCAGGACUUCCCUCCUUCCCGCGAUGGAACCGACCUCUACAUACUUCUCAAUAACCAAUACGUAGUCACAGCGAGGCCUCUUGCAUCGUUCCCGCCAGGAUGUAUAAGCUUGUCAGACCCUCAACGAACCUGGCUAUCUAUUUCUAUGAUGGACGUCUUAGAUGCCUCACUCUACGAUCCAUUCUCUCAAGGUCCGAAAGCUUACCUGGGAGCUCUGGAUGUGGAUGUUGGAUUUGCAUCUGCAAAGAAGGUCACCGAGGUCCCGUUUGAUCAGGACGUUUUGGCCGAAGCUUUUAUCAAGCAAUUUGAGAAUCAGAUAUUUGCACCUGGCCAAAACCUCUUAAUGGACUAUAAGAAUAUCCCAUUGAUGUUCAGAGUGAAAACUGUGCAGUUGACAGAUCUCAGUAUGGAAAAGUCACACGAAGGAAACCCGACCCUCUCGGUACCUCAUGCGAGGGGUAUACUGACUGGGAGACCUGCUACUGCUAUGACAUUUUAUAAAGAUGCCAAAUCUCCCAUCAAGCUCAAGGGAUCUUCAAAGCGGCCGGCCGCCAACUCGAUCAUUGCUCCUGAUUUCAAAUUCGAAGAUAUGGGAAUCGGUGGAUUGGACACCGAAUUCAGUUCUAUUUUCCGAAGAGCUUUCGCCUCCCGUAUUUUUCCUCCGGGUUUGAUUGAGAAGCUGGGUAUUCAGCACGUCAAGGGCAUUCUACUUUUCGGACCUCCAGGUACCGGAAAGACCCUUAUUGCACGCCAAAUUGGAAAGAUGUUAAACUCGAGGGAGCCCAAAGUCAUCAACGGUCCCGAAGUACUUAACAAGUACGUGGGUCAGUCUGAAGAGAAUAUCAGAAAGCUCUUCGCGGAUGCCGAGAAGGAAUACAAGGAGAAAGGAGAUGAGAGUGGUCUCCAUAUCAUUAUUUUCGACGAGUUGGAUGCUGUUUGUAAGCAGAGAGGCAGCGGAGCCGGUGGUGGAACUGGAGUUGGUGACAGUGUUGUCAACCAGUUGCUCUCUAAGCUUGAUGGUGUCGACCAGCUGAACAACAUCCUUCUCAUCGGAAUGACCAAUCGUAUGGACAUGAUCGAUGAUGCCUUACUCCGUCCCGGACGUCUUGAAGUUCAUAUGGAGAUUUCUCUUCCUGACGAAUCUGGAAGAGCGCAGAUUUUGAAGAUUCAUACUUCAAAAAUGAGAGAAAACAACGUUAUGGAUAGAGAUGUGAACACCCUGGAACUUGCUCAUCUCACCAAGAACUUCUCGGGUGCUGAAAUUGGCGGUCUCGUCAAGUCUGCCUCGUCAUUUGCUUUCAACCGCCAUGUCAAGGUCGGUACGGUUGCGGGCGUCAGCGAUGAUAUCGAGAACAUGAAGGUUAACCGCGAGGACUUUAUGCAUGCACUCGAAGAAGUUAAAGCAGCCUUCGGUGUCUCUGAAGAGGAACUAGAUGACGCUAUGGAUAAAGGAAUUGUGCAUUUCAGUCCUCAUAUUGAGAACAUUCUCAGCGAUGGCGCUAUCUCUGUCGACUAUGUCAAGAACUCAGCCGAUGCUUCACUGCUCUCCGUUCUUAUGUGGGGCCCUCAAGGCUCAGGGAAAACAGCCCUCGCUGCCAAGAUUGCCCUAGACUCCGGUUUCCCCUUUGUCAAACUUGUUCGUGCUAAGGCGAUGAUGGGAUUCAGUGAGCAGGCUAAGAUUCAACAUCUGAACAAGGUCUUUGAGGACGCCUACAAAUCACCGCAGAACUGUGUCAUUGUUGACGAUAUCGAGCGUAUUAUCGAAUGGAGUCCCAUUGGCCCCAGAUUCUUGAACUCCGUUCUUCAAGCCCUUAUGGUGUUGUUCGGAACGAAGCCUCCCAAUAACCGUCGUCUUCUGAUCAUAGCCACCACAUCCCAACGAUCCACUAUGCGGCAACUAGACCUACAACCUGUCUUCGAUCGCGAGUUGGCCGUUCCCUACAUCCAGUCACACAAAGAGCUCGCAGCGUUGUUGCGUGAGAUCGGCGCGUUCGAGAACGAUGCUGACUUGGCUGCAUCUUUGAACGAGCUUGGAGAGAUGACGCAAACGGAUCAAGUUGGAGUCGGAAUUAAGAAGGUAUUGACUGCUGUGGGGCAGGCUAAGAGGGAUGUCGAAAACUUCCCUAGUAGGUUCGCGGAGAUGAUGGCCCAGUUGAUUGCUGCCAGUCGGGAUUGA